CUUGGAUUUGAUCCAGAAGAGCAUUCUCCCUCCGACCGGACACCACCGCAGAAACCGUAACGUUCAGACCGUGACCGUUGCCCUCUCUCUCAUGGCGCCGAUCCGCCGCUACCUCCGGAUCAGCAAGUACACCGUGCUCGAGUGCCGGAUCUACCUCGAAAAUCCCUCCGACAUCCGAUGGCUCCUCAGCAGUCGUGACCCCGUUCUUCAACGUAUCUUCGCCGCCAUUCGGCCCCUGGUCCUCCCCAAGUUACGCGAAGAGAAUGAGAGACUCUUCGCCCGGAAGAAGGGCAAGCCCGUCAAGGAUGUCAUCGCAGAAGAUGACUUCGAAGUUGCCCUUUUCCUUCGCGAAUCUCGAACACGCCACUCGCUAUUGACGCGACACAAGGAGUUCGAAGACGAUGCAAACAACUCGGGUCGAAGCAAGUGGCCUGCUCAGGAUGCUGCUGAUACUGCCGGUGGCCACAUUCUGGUCGAAAGCGAUGAUGAGGAUAACCUGCGGAUGCAGGAUAUCCCAGAAGCAAAUGCGGAGGGGGAAGACAAUGUAGGAGGGAAACGCCCGCGAUCGACGGAGGAGCGAAGCGCAUCCCCAAACGAUCGACGCACGUCAAAACGGAGAAAGGAUGAGGACUCCAUGCUGCACGCAGCAGAGACCGAGGACAAAAAGAUGCAAUUCAAAACGAACUAUGAGGGAUUCAACAUCUACGGCUGGGUGCUGUGCCUACUCGUCACGCGUAAAGGUGACAGGGUAGGCGCAACCUCUGGUUCCUCAGAGCCUGGUCGCCAGGUUUUGAUGGAAGAAUGGAUUUCCACUCAGGCUCAAGGUGACCUGAUUGAGGAGUGAUACUAGAGAGUUUGAUUGAAUAUGUGCGGGGUAGGCAGGCUCAUCGGCCGAAGCUGAACAGCAAUGGCACUCGGAUCCGAUGGUCGGCAGACCGAAGGUGCAAUCUUGUUCGUGUCGACUUUGCAUCAAUGCAGGGGGGCGGGUAUGAAGUGAAACCCUGCCUUGCAGGAAUCCUUGAAGGUGACCUUACACGAGCAGAAUGGGACGAUCUUGACGUUCAUCUGGCAUGAUGGCAAGCUCUACAAUAUUUAGUUGGGGCCC